UUGCCUCAUUGGGAUUGAAUCCUUUUGGAUAAAGCAUAAGAUUUUUUGAGCAAUCCCUUGUUUAAUUGUUGUUUGUUUACUUUACUAUUCUCGAGUAACCAGUGUAUCAUUAUUUGGACCUAAAAUAAUCAAGCUUUCUACUGAACUAUGGGUGUACCAGCAUUCUUUCGCUGGCUUUCUAAAAAAUUUCCCUCCAUCGUGGUUGAAGUGGAUCCAAAUGUGCCGGUGGAUUACACAUUUGAUAAUUUAUAUCUAGACAUGAAUGGUAUAAUUCAUCCUUGCACUCAUCCAGAGUAUAAAAAAGCUCCGGAAAAUGAGGAAGAAAUGUUCGAAGCUAUUUUUGAGUACAUUGAUAAAUUGAUGAAAAUACUGAAGCCUCAGAAAUUGCUUUACAUGGCUGUUGACGGUGUUGCUCCAAGAGCUAAGAUGAAUCAACAACGGUCAAGACGAUUUAGAGCAGCUAAGGAGUCAAUAAUGAAAAAAUCAGAAGUUACUCGUAUUCGUGAAGAAUUGAAAGAAAAAGGAGUCGUUUUUGAUGAAGACGAAACUAAGAAGAGUCACUUUGAUUCUAAUGUAAUUACUCCUGGAACUGAAUUUAUGAUAAAUUUAAGUCAUGCCCUUCAAGCUUGGAUUAAUAAAAAGCUUGAUCAUGCUGAAAAUGAUGAAGAGUCAAAUAAGCUUUGGCACAAAGAUCUGUUGAUUAUUCUCAGUGAUGCAUCAGCUCCAGGAGAAGGGGAACACAAAAUCAUGGAGUAUAUUAGACGUCAAAGAUCAAAAGAAAAUUACGAUGCCAAUCUAUCGCACUGUUUAUGUGGAGCUGACGCAGAUCUUAUUAUGUUAGGAUUAGCAACCCAUGAACUCAACUUCACCAUUAUACGAGAAGAGUUUAUACCAAAUCAACCUAGACCUUGUGAUAUUUGUGGUCAAUAUGGACAUGAAAUGAAAGAAUGUGAAGGGAAACCGAAUGACCCUACGGAAGAGGCCAUUGUUGUAUCUGAACCUGGUUUCAUAUUCAUUCGACUAAAUGUGUUACGUGAAUACCUGGAACAAGAAAGUGGAAAACUAGACCUCGAACGUUUUAUUGACGAUUUUGUGUUUCUAUGUUUCUUUGUCGGUAAUGAUUUUCUACCUCACCUGCCCUCUUUGGAAAUACGAGAAGGAGCAAUAGACCGAUUGAUAAAAAUUUACAAGGAUAUAAAUGAAAAAUUUCCUGCUAAAGAUAUUUAUUUAACCAAAGAUGGUAUUGUAAAUUUGAAGAGGUGCCAACUAAUUCUUAAAGAGUUAGGUAGGGUAGAGGACGAAAUUUUCAUUCGUAGAGCAAAUAAUGAUGCCAGAUUCCGUGCUCGUAAUAAAGAAAAAAAUAAGGAACUUAAUCGAGCAAAAGAGAUGGAAAAAAUGCGCCAAGAAGCAACUUCAGGAUCUCCUUGGUUAACACCUCAAGCCAUAGUCGGAACAAGUAAAGUAGAUUCAAUGUCUAAUCUUAAAGCUUUUCGCUCAAUGUUGAAACAAGAAAAUGAAGAAAGUAAACAAGAAAGUGCAAAGGAAACCGGACCUAGCCCUAGGAAAAGAAAGUACGAUGAAACCGAUGAAGAGUCUGAUGAUGAACCCGAUGACGAUAUUAUGCUUGGAAUGGAAGGCUGGAAAGAUCGAUAUUACUUUCAUAAAUUUGACGCACCAAAACCCGAUGGUAUUAGUCGUAUAAUUUCCCGAGAAUAUGUUAUUGGCUUGUGUUGGGUGCUAUUGUACUAUUAUCAAGGAUGUCCUGAUUGGCAGUGGUUUUAUCCCUUCCAUUAUGCACCUUUCGCAUCAGAUUUUGUCGGUAUUGACAAGAUUGAAGUUAAAUUCAAUCGAAAAUCUAAACCGUUCAAACCUUUGGAACAAUUGAUGAGUGUCUUCCCCGCUGCAUCUUCUAGUAAUUUACCCGACUCUUGGAAAAUAUUGAUGACUGAUCCAAAAUCUGACAUAAUUGAUUUUUAUCCAGAAAACUUCCGAAUCGAUCUAAAUGGUAAAAUGCAAGAAUGGCAAGGUGUCGCUCUUCUACCUUUCAUCGACGAAUCACGACUUCAUUCAGCUUUGGAAAAUGUUUAUCCUAAUCUAAGCGAUUCUGAAAAAGAGCGAAACUCUUUAGGACCGCAUUUAUUUUUUGUUUCACGGCACAAAGAAGAUGCAUUUAAAUAUUUAGAUGAACUUUUCAGUAAAAAAGUUGACCACUUGGAAAUUUCACCAACUUUAUUUAAUGGAAUGUUUGGUGAAUUACGUCUUAGUGCUAAAUAUUCUCAUCUCCACAAAAGUGCUCGAUGUGUUGAAUUUUAUGAUCCAAUUUAUCCUGAAGAUCAUAUUUUUCCAGCAGUUAGAUUAGUAAGUGCUAAGGCACCCCCUAAAGUACUGAAACCUGAAGGUGCCGAUCACAAGUUUAGACCCAUGAUUGGAAUGUCUCAUCUCCCUCAGCGCGCUUCUCUAGGUCAAUCCGGUCACAGAUUUAUCCAACAUCAUGCCCAACCUCGUGCAGGGUUUCAAGGAGUUUACAGUCGAGGAAAUCACAAUAAUAGAGGUCAAGGAGGUGGUUAUAAUCGUGAUAAUCGUGGAGGGUACAACCAUAAUGAGUAUACUCGUGGAGGGUACAAUCCUAACGAGUAUAGUCGUGGAGGUUAUAAUCACAACGAGUAUAGUCGCGGUGGUUAUAAUCAGGGUGAAUACAAUCGUGGCGGAUAUAAUCGUGGUGGAUACAAUCGUGGUGGGUAUAAUCAUGGCGAGUACAAUCGAGGCGGCUACAAUCAUGGUGAAUAUAAUCGUGGUGGACAUAAUCGUGGCGGGUAUAAUCGUGGUGGAUAUUAAGCCUUAAUUGCUUUAAAAAAAACUCCGAAUAAGUGAUAAAUUACAACUCAAGCUUUGAAAUGUUUACUUUGAAUGAUUAUUGUAAAAGUAAAUAUUACACUGGUUAUCCAAAAUUCCAGUAUUAACAAAUAGCUUUCUUACUGAA